UAAGAUUUUCACUUUCAAUUAUAUUCUUUAUGAUUUUAAUGUAUAGAUCUACUAUAUUUCAGAUUGAAUCAGAGUGGUUGGUGCAGGUUUCAUAUUAUUGUGUCUUCCAAUGAGUAAUGCAUAGCGCUUUAUGAAGACAUAAUGAAUAGGUAUAUCAACAUGACAGUUAUGAGUUGGAUGGGUUGGUACAAGAGGAGAGAGUUGGAGGAGUCAACUAAAGAUGUAACCAAAACUCAGCAUGAAACUUUGAUGAAUAGAAUUAAAGAAAAUGCUGAUACAGAAUAUGGUCAAAGAUUUCUGUUCAAAGAUAUAACAGGGAGGGAAGACUUUGUGAAGAACCAUCCACUUACAAGAUACCCCCACUAUGAGCCUUAUAUAGAGAGAAUGAUGAAAGGGGAGGAGAAUGUUCUCACUAAAGAUAAGCCGGUAAUAUUUGCUGUGACAUCUGGAACAUCGGGGAAAAGCUCAACCAUUCCAAUGCUUAGCAGCCAACAGAAAACAUUCUUCUUACAGGGUAUAUGUGUAAUUUUUAAAUGUAUGAGUGAUGCUUUCCCUGGGUUUGGAAAUAAUCAGAAAGAUAUGAAAUUCUUCUACACUCCGAAACUGAGGACAUCAGAAUGUGGCAUACCCGUCGGACCAAACUCUUCCUCUCCUGCAAAUUCAAAAAGGAUUCUAAGCAUGUACUCAACCCCAGAGGCAGGAUAUGAAGUAUUGUCAGAACCCGAGGCAUUGUAUAUACAUCUGUUGUUUGGACUGAAAGAUAAAAACUUGGGCAUAAUCGAAGCUAAUUUUGCAUCUCUUGUUUAUUCAUCCUUCAGAGCUCUUGAUUCCAACUGGGACUCUCUGAUAUCUGACAUUGAAAGUGGCAGUGUUAGUGAAAAUAUUCAAAUUGAUGAUAGCGUAAGACAAAAAUUAAACAAGUUGAUGUCUCCUGACCCCAAAAGAGCAGCUGAAUUGCGUGAAGCCAGAGCUAAAGGUGUUACUGGACUUGCACCCAGGAUAUGGCCAAAUUUACACUUUGUAAUGACUGCCGAUUCAGGCACAUUUGAACUCUAUGCUAAUAGACUAAGAGAGAUUUAUUGUAAAGGAAUACCUAUUUACUCACCCCUGUAUGCUGCUUCAGAGGGUUUAUUAGGUAUCAACAUUUGGCCAAAAGAGAGACCCAGUCGUUACUUGUUGGCACCAAAGUCAAUGUUCUUUGAAUUCAUUCCUGUUCAAAAUUGUGAAGAAGAGCAGCCAAAGACCCUGUUUCUAGAUGAAGUAGAGGUAGAUCAGGUAUAUGAGAUGGUGAUAACAAAUGCAAGUGGAUUAUACAGGUACAGAUUUGGUGAUGUAGUUAAAGUUGUUGGGCGUCACAACACCUGUCCAGUUGUAGAGUUCCAGUACAGACAGGGACAGUUUUUAAAUGUAAGAGGAGAGAAGACAUCAGAGAACUAUUUUUACCAAGCUGUUGAAUCUGCUGUAAAAAAGUCAGGACUCAACAUGGUCGACUACUGCUGUGCAGAAAGUCUUAUGGUCGAUCAAGUUUCAAAUGAUAAACCAUCUGCUGCUCCAUGCUACCAUGUGUUUAUUGAACUGGAAAAAGGUGAAACAGUCUCUUCUAAACUAGAAAUUGAUGAGGAGCUGAAAGCACUGUCAUACGUCUAUGCAUCAUUCCGUCGUAAGGGAAGUAUAGCACCUAUGAAGGUAUACGUUGUAAAACCAGGUACAUUUACUGAGCUGCGAUCGUUUAUGAUUGACACCACAACUGGUUCACCGAAUCAGUACAAGGUACCAAGGGUGCUGAAGAAACCAGAAGCUGUCAAAUUCAUCAUGGAGAAAAUUGACGUUUGUCUGCUGUAAUAUAUAUUAUCAUUGAAGAAACUGUAUUCUUUCCCCUAUGGUUGAGGAAAUUGUAUGGAGUGGAAGAAAUGCAAACCAAUUUCUAAGAUCUCAAUUCACAGCAAUGUUUGGUUCAGAAAUUUACUUAUUUUUUCAAUGCAAGUUGGAAUUGUUAAAUUUUUAUGAUGAAACAAUUAGAGUUUAAAUAUUUACAGGGUUAAUUAUAUAUUUUUUCAUAUCAUGUUUAUUGAUUAAAAGUGUUUGGUCAUUUUACAUUAAUUGUUGUGUUUGAAAACUUAUAUUGUACCAGAUCAAACAUUGAUUUGGUAAGACUUCUUAAAGUAUGUACAAAUGUAGCUAUUGAAAUUAAGUACUUUUGGCACUGUAUUGUUUUAUACCAAAAGAACUUGUACUCUUGUUUUAUAAUUGAUAUUUGAUAUAAUAAUUUAUUUAUAGCAGAGUUUAAAGUUUUAAACAUAUAUUAAGAUUAUAUUUGCUAUUUUCAUGAGGUCACCUUUCAGACUUCCGUUCACUACAAGUACAAACAAGCUGAAAGAAUUUCAGGAUAAUGCCAUAAAUGAUUUUCAUUUGACCUUCAAUGAACAAAUUUCUUUCAUGGCCAUUUGCAGAGUAGUUUUCUGAUGAUCUUAUUUCCAUACAUUAAGGUUUGCAUAACAGUUUAUAAGCCAAUGUGCCCCAUUACUGCUUCUUGGUUUACAUGAAAAUGAGUGUGUAUGUUGAAAGUUUUUUUUGUUUUUUUUUACUUUCAUGUUAUAAGGAAUUUACAGGCACUUUUUUGUAAGUUUAUUGUUCUUACUCUAAAUUUUAUAAGGAAAUGAAAAGCACCUUUAUGAGUUUAUUGUCGUUUCCUUUAUGUUAUAAGGAAAUCUACCUUAUAACAUUAAAUAUACACUGUUCUAGUUAUUUGUAAAUUUUCAGCUUUUUUCCAGCACUAUAAUGUUAACUAUUUUUAAUUUACUGUUUGAAAGCUGCCAGCUUCAGUUCUAGUUUUAUAUAAACAAAGAAAUCCAUUUUUAUCACCUAAUUUAAAUGAGUAGUAAUAAUGUAGCAGGAGGCUGGCGGACUUAGGCUCUUGUUUCCUGCAACAAUAGUGUUUUUAUUAUUUAUGAUGCUAUUUGAGAGGAAACAUAUUUUAUGGUCAAAGAUUCAGAAUCUUUAUUAGCUAAGCAUUUUACACUUGAGAUCGCCAUUUUAAAGUUAUUCUGAUCAAUUUUGAUAUAAUUUACUAGACAUGGACAUGGACAAAGAUAAAUAUUUAUUCAAUAUAAAUUCCAGUUUUUCUUAUUUUAAAUACAAAAACAUGUACAUUGAAAACAGUCAUUGGAAAAGACCUAAAAUGUGAUAUUUUGUUGAAAAACAAAAAUUAGUAUGUGAAACAUUUUUGCUGUGCUUAAAUGUUUAUACUAAAUUUUUUUAUGUCAUAGUUAAAAUUGAGUUUUUUCUACAUUUUGUAAAGUGCAUAAUUAUUAUA